CAGAAGCUGAUGUACUUUCUUACGACGAUGGGAGAUGCAGUCGUCUUGGAAAAUACCUGUUUAUGAAAUCGAUUUUAAAAAACCUUUAAACUAUUUUUAGUUUUGCUUUCUAUAAGUGAUGGAAAGGUAUGACACGAUGAACAGACCUUUCAAUAAUACUGUUGCUCAGCUCAGUUGUUUCAUCGUCGCUACGCAUCAUGGGAAUCGUAGUUUCUUUGGUUAAGGCGGAGUUUGAGUAAAAAUGUCACUUGGUCUUCCUGAUUUUCUUCUCUCGGAAGAGUUAGCGGAUGCCGUGUGGAAGGCGUGCCCGGUGUCACCCGUAUAGUCAUAAGACACUCGUGAUGCUUCAGCUUUGUGUGGCAAGGAGGACUUCAUUGUGAAGGAACUCUGCACUGAUUCCCUUGGGACCUUUAGGGGCUCUUGAGAACGAAAUGGGCAAGGAGGGCAGAAAUCAAGCGUCUUCUUCUAGCAUAGUUGCCUUGAUCUUCCUGCUCCAGCCUUUUGCCCUCAGGGGGAUUGUGGAGGCGAAACCUCUGCCCGGCACUGAUAGUUGCAGAGGUUGUGGAAAACUUAACGUUGUGGUGGUGAUGUGUGAUUCUUUCGAUGGAAGGCUGACAUUUUACCCAGGAAAUGAGACAGUAAUCUUGCCUUUCAUAAAUCUCAUGAAGAGAGAUGGCAGUCUCUUUCUUAAUGCCUACACCAAUUCUCCAAUAUGUUGUCCUUCCCGUGCGGCUAUGUGGAGUGGUCUCUUCAAUCACUUAACAGAGUCCUGGAAUAACUUCAAGGGCUUAGAUCCAAAUUACACAACAUGGAUGAACCUCAUGGAAAAGCAUGGCUACUAUACACAGAAAUAUGGCAAAAUAGAUUAUACUUCAGGUCAUCACUCUCUAAGUAACCGAGUAGAAGCUUGGACCCGGAAUGUUGAUUUUUUGCUUCAGCAAGAAGGUAGGCCUGUGGCAAAACUCAUAGGUGACAAGAAGUAUGUGAGGAUCAUGAAGAAAGAUUGGGAGAUCACUGAUAAAGCAGCAACUUGGAUAAGGGUCAAGACAACUAAUUUAACACAACCUUUUGUUCUUUAUUUGGGAUUAAAUUUGCCUCACCCAUAUCCAUCACCCUCUUCAGGAGAAAAUCACGGAGCAUCCACAUUUCUGACCUCUCCAUAUUGGCUUGAAAGGGUAAAAUAUAAAGCCAUAAGGAUUCCAAAAUGGUCUCCAUUUUCAGAGUUGCACCCAGUAGAUUAUUAUUCUUCUUACACCAAAAAUUGCACUGGGAAAUUUACACAGAAAGAAAUAAGAGAUAUCCGAGCACAUUAUUAUGCCAUGUGUGCAGAGACAGACGCCAUGCUUGGUGAAAUAAUUUCUGCUCUAAAUGAAACCGGACUACUCAAAAAUACUCUUAUAAUAUUUACUGCUGAUCAUGGAGAACUUGCUAUGGAACAUAGACAGUUUUAUAAAAUGAGCAUGUAUGAAGCAAGUUCUCAUAUUCCUCUCCUAAUAAUGGGGCCAAGCAUUAAAUCUCAGCACAUAUCCGGUGUGGUGUCACUUGUGGAUAUCUAUCCUACCUUGCUCGAUGCCGCUCGUAUACCAAUACCUAAAAACCUCAGUGGAUAUUCAUUGUUGCCUUUGAUAUUGGAAAAGACAGAAAAUAACAUUCCACCCAGAAAACAACAUCCUGGUUGGGUCCUGAGUGAAUUUCAUGGCUGCAAUGUGAAUUCUUCUACCUACAUGCUGCGAACUGGCAAAUGGAAAUACAUAGCUUAUUCAGACGAUCAUUCAGUAUCUCCUCAGUUGUUUGACCUCUCUGCUGAUCCAGAUGAACUGACAAAUGUAGCAACGAAGUUUCCAAAAAUGACCCAAUCUUUAAACAGAAAACUUCAUUCCAUUAUUGACUAUCCAAAAGUCUCUGCCCUUGUUGAACAAUACAACAAGCAGGAGUUUAUCAAAUGGAAACAUAGUGUAGAACAAAAUUAUUCAGAUAUCUUAGCUAACCUUAGAUGGCAUCAGGACUGGAAGAAGCAUCCAAAGAAGUAUGAAUAUGAGAUUGAUAAAUGGAUUAAAGGGAAUAUGAAUGUAUGAAACAGCUGUAGGUUAUUAAGAGUGAUUAUCCCUAUUCUGAAUUGUACAGAAAAUGUUAAAAAUGUAACGACUUGAGAUAAUUUUUAGUAGAGAUUGAGAAUGUGAGCAGUCCUCCUAUCCUCUGACAUAAAUCUGCUCUGACUGAUAUUGUGA